AUGUGGACGAUGGAUCAUUUAGAUUUGGAUAUGGUUAAUAGACAAUAUUUUUUUGAAGGCAAUCACUUUAUACAUUCUAAUGGAAAUAGUAACGGUAGCACAACGGGAUCUUCGAAUAGUAGUGAUUUGUUUUUGUAUGACGAGAACAGUAGUGAUUCGGCUGUAUCUAGUUUUUCUUAUAACAGUGAUCAAGAGAACCUUUCUGAAUAUAAAGAUCGCUUGUACAGGCAUCGAAGAAGAAGCAAAUGUCCACAACAGCAGAUCCAGCAACGACAAGCCGCCAAUUUACGAGAAAGAAAGCGUAUGCAGUCGAUAAACGAUGCGUUCGAAGGUCUAAGAGCACAUAUUCCUACUCUUCCCUACGAAAAGAGAUUAUCGAAAGUGGACACAUUGAAAUUAGCUAUAGGAUAUAUCAAUUUUUUGAGUGAAUUAGUUAGAACUGACAAGAAUUCUAACACAGAAUUUUUUAACGGGCACAAUAGGAAUUUGAGGCACGAUGAACCCAAAAAGAUUAUAAUCAGAGGUGGAAGCGGGGGCUUGUAUACUGCCCAUUCAUUGUCUUGGUCAAGAAUAAAAGAACCGAACGCGAAUGGUAUAAUGCACGCCAAAGUUUGGGUUCCAGAAGACCCUAGAACCAAUAAAGAUGGGGCUAGUAGUUCGUCGUCUUCUUUUAAUUUAUCGGAAUAAAAAAAUACUGAUUUUCCGAAAAGAAAUGUAUUCAGGUAGUAUAUUAAUGCCGGAAAAUAUUCUUUGGUAAUUAAAGUAAUUGAGU